UCGAGCCUUAGCUCCUGAGAUUAUUCGAUCGUCGUAACUUUCUGUCGCUCCUCCAUCGUCGGUCCUCAGAACUCCUGCAAGAACCAGGAAAUGGAUCGAGGGCAGAUUCUGCUGCUAGGGCUCCCACUCUUCCUGCUAUGCUCCGACCUCGUCAACCUAUUCACGCCUCCACCUCCUAAGCCUCCUCUCGCUCACCGCCACCGCCAGCCGCACCAUCACAAUCCCCCCGAAGCCCUAGAGUUCCCUGCUCAGUUGCAGAAGCCGAGCACUAUUGGGGGCAUUGGUCUGGGGAGCACAGUCGUCAUCAAUUUUUGUUCUUCUUGCUCAUAUAGGGGUACUGCAGUGACAAUGAAGAAGAUGCUGGAGACGCAGUUUCCUGGUAUUGAUGUUGUUCUUGCAAAUUACCCUCCACCACUGCCAAAGCGCAUUCUGGCUAAAUUGGUGCCAGUCGCUCAGAUUGGAGUAUUUGCUAUCAUCAUGGCCGGAGAGCAUAUAUUUCCGAUGGUUGGGAUUGCAGUGCCUCCACCUUGGUAUUAUUCUCUUCGUGCAAACAGGUUUGGGACUAUUGCUUCAACUUGGCUUCUCGGCAAUGUGUUCCAGUCCUUCCUUCAAAGCUCUGGUGCUUUUGAAGUUCACUGCAAUGAUGAGCUGGUCUUCUCAAAAUUGAAGGAGGGAAGGUUUCCUGGUGAGAUCGAAUUGAAAGAUUUGGUUGGCAGAAGAUUGGCAAAUUCUAGAGUUACAGAUGGCCUUGGGGGUAUGUGGUCCUAGUUCUUUAAGCUGAUUUGCUGUUCCAGUGAAAUCUUAAAGAACCAGUUGUUACCCCUGUUUAUCAGCAGGUUUCAUUCUGUGUACACCAAUACGCAUGUUUGGCCACUGAAUCUAUCUUCAUCUGAAAGUUACUUGUAAUUUCGAUGUUUCUAAUCUUAGAACCCUUCACUUAGUGUUAUAUAUAUCACAGUCCGACUUCCUUUUUUCUGGACUA